AUGGAUGGGAGGUUGAGGGAGGCUGCUUAUGAAGGAAACAUCGAACGUUUGUACACAUUGAUUCAAGAUGAUCAAAGUAUUUUGGAGCGCAAUAUCGAGGAUAAAUUGUUAGCUGAGACUCCUUUACAUGUGGCUGCAUCAACGGGUAACCUUCAAUUUGCUGCAGAAGUCCUGAGAUUGAAGCCCUCGUACGCCAAGAAGCUCAACCUAGAUGGCCUUAGUCCCAUCCACCUUGCUCUGCGAAGUGGGCAUCAUCGGAUGGUUAAGUGGUUCUUCUCAGUUGAUAGCAACUUGGUUCGUGACAAAGGAGGAGAGGGCACUACGCCUUUGCAUUAUGUGAUUGCUCAGGGAAAUGUUAAUCUUUUGAGAUCGUUUCUAUUAGCUUGCCCAAACUGCAUUGAAGAUUUGACAACGAAACGAGAAACUGCACUGCAUAUUGCUCUAAAAUACUACGAUGGCAGGAUUUUUGAGGCGUUGGUGAGAUGGCUAAAGAAGGUCGACAAGGAAGACAUCCUAAACUGGCCAGAUGAUGAUGGCAACACCAUCUUGCAUAUGGCCGUAUCCAAGAAUCAAACUCAGGCUGUGAAAUUGUUGUUAGGCAGAAAAGUGAUUAGAAAGAUUAAGGUAAAUGCCAAGAAUGACAUGGGCUUAACAGCUUUGGACAUCUUUCAACUUCCAUUGGAAUUGGACGUCAACAUAGAGAUCGGAGAUAUGCUAUGCCGAGCUAAAGCAUUGAGAGGAAUAUCUAUUAAACAUGAUGAUCCCCUUGAAGAAUUAGAAAAGAUGUCAAAGCAAGAAAAAUUAGUCAAGCACUCUGGACUUGGUGCAAACAAGGACAUGUCUCAGGGGGUGUUGACUGUGGCCGUACUAAUUGCAACAGCCACAUUCCAAGCUGCGCUCAGCCCACCUGGUGGAUACUGGCAAGAUGAUCGUAACCUAGUCCACAAUGCAACUGCCAACACCACCACAGAAGAGGGAAUGUUUCAUAGAGGACCACAUAUUGCAGGGAGGUCAACAAUGGGAAAGGUAAAGAGUUUUGAUGAAUAUUGUAAUGUGUUUCAUUAA